UAAUAAUAAAGAUAUGCAAAGUUGCAAUAAGAAACAAAAAAUGAUUAUACCUUCAUCUUCACAAGUAAUUUAUGAACUUUUAAAUGAUUCUGAUGACUUACAAGAUAACGAUGAUUUACAAGACAAUAAUGAAAUUGCAAGCCUUGGUAGAUUGUCUCAAUCUUCAUUAAUCAUGCUUUCAUGA